GAUAAUGUCCGCGGACAAAUAUCCGAGUGUAUUUUCGCGCCAAAUGGAGGAUAUAAUUUGUUUAUAUAUACCAAGUACUUUGUGAUCGAUAUAAGCUUAAACUGCGGCUUAAGACCUGUAAAGAAAAAUGUCGUCAGGUCAAAUCCAAACAGUCCUUGGUCCCAUAGCUCCCAGUGCAUUGGGUCGCACCCUUACACAUGAGCACAUCAAGAUGGAUUACAAAAACUGUCUCAGACCACCCUGGAGGGUGUCAGAUGCUGAAAGAAUGACGAACUCUGAGUUUAACAUGGCUAAUCUGGGCUGGAUACAUCAGAAUCCUUACAGUCACACAUUUAACUUGGCUCUUGGAGAUGAACCCUUUGAGGACAUUGUAGGAGAACUGAACUUGUUCAAGCAAGAGGGGGGUCAGAGCAUUGUUGAAGUUACCACUGUUGGUAUCUCCAGGGAUGUGGAGUACCUUGCUAAAGCUGCAACAGCAACUGGCUUGAAUAUCAUUGCUGGCACAGGGUACUAUUUGGACCACACCCUUCCAGCAGAAGUGAAGUCCUCAUCUGUGGAGGAACUGAGCAAGGCUGGGAGUUUGGUGUGGAGCUUAUCAAGAGACCCUGUAGAAAUACACAGACUAUGGAAAUGGGAGACAAUGAUCAAGGAACUUACUGAGGGUGUUGGUGACUCCUCAAUCAAGUGUGGUGUCAUAGGAGAAAUUGGCUGCUCAUAUCCACUAGAGCCUGCGGAGAAAAGGUCUCUAAUAGCUGCAGCUGCGGCACAGUCUCAAACUGGGGCUCCUCUCAUUAUCCACCCUGGACGGAAUGAGCUAUCACCCAUGGAGAUUGUCCGUAUUCUACAGGAAGCUGGUGCGGAUAUCAACAAAACAGUUAUCUCUCAUAUUGAUCGUACUGUCUUUGGUCGUGCAAAACUCUUGGAGUUGGCAGCCACAGGGGUUUAUCUGGAAUAUGACCUGUUUGGAAUUGAAUUGUCUUAUUACCCACCUAACCCAGCAGUUGACAUGAUGAGUGACGCUCAGAGGAUCCAGAAUAUCAAAUUUCUGGUGUCAGAGGGGUAUGAAGAUAAAGUUGUCAUUGCUCAUGAUGUUCACACCCGUCAUCGACUCGUCAAAUAUGGUGGCCAUGGAUACGCUCACAUACAAGUGAAUGCUGUUCCAAAAAUGCUGUUGAGAGGGAUUUCCCAAGAAGUAGUUGACAAAAUUCAGAUUUCAAACCCUAGAACUUGGUUAACAUUCAAGUAAAUAGUUAAUGUUUUUUAGGUGUGUUUGUCAACAUAGUGGAUUAUGUCCAGGUAGAGUAGGAUUUUUACUAGGAUUCUUAAAUAAGUAAAGAAUGACAUAAUUUAUAAGUAAUUUUAAGAUGAAAUCGAUGUUUCUUUGCUUGCUGGGUAUUUGCUGGUCAGGAUGUAUUUCAAGUUAUCUUUAUUGUAAAAAAAAUUCCCGCUUGACCUGCACCUGUCCUGGAUCUAACCCUACCCACCCCCUCCUCGAGAGCUUUUUUUCUCAGCCCGAUCUUAAUUUAAGGCUCAAAGGGCCCUACCUGACUUAAUAUUUAAAGAGGUCUGGAUCCAGUCUUGGUAAAGUAACUUGACAAUUUAAGAAAUUGUUCUUGAACUUAGUGAAAACAGAAUGAUGAAUUUGUACAAAAUAAAUAUAUAAAAAAAACAUGACAAAAUGUGAAUUGUUUGGCUCAGUGAAAACAGAUGAUUUUGUGAAAACAAAUUAAGAGAGGCUACAGUGUUGGUCAAAGUUCUUGGGACAUAUGACAUAUGACAUUUGAAGUGGGAAAUCAUAAUUCAAUUUCUCUCGCCCAAAGCAAUGCUGGAAUAGUGGGUCGACUUUGGAUGAAUCAACUUCAACAUUGUAUUGGGGGUGGGGAUGUGGAGGUGGACAGAAAGACUAUGUUGACUACGUGUCCCAAGACUUAUGACCAGGAUUGUAGCAUCAUGUUAUGAAAAUACUGAUAUAUAUGGGUUAUUGACCAAGUGUGAGGUCAAGAUGGCUGGAUAUUGGCCAAGUUCUUUUUUGCGAGUUUA